UCCAUAUCAAGCCUACAUCCUGUCCACUCUCCUCCACCAUCAUGACCACACAAUUCCGACACUUCCUUGGGAAGUACAAGAGCAAGUUUCGUUAUUACCUUGCGAACUCAGUCAACUUGCGCCAGAUUGUACAACUGAUACUAAUCCUGAUCUCGCUCACCGCCAUCGUCGGCCCUAUCGUACUCCUCGUAUUUGCAUAUAAGAAGAACCCGUCGGUGCGUUUGAUCAUCUUCGGAUUCCUCUCGGCCGCCAUCGCGACCUUUUUCAGCACCUGCGUCGCUCUGUGGUGGUGGCGUUUCACCCAUCCUCUAAGGGACGACGAUCAGCAAGUCAUACCAUGGUCCAGAAGCGGCUCAGAGUCCAGCACGAUUAGUCUCACCCGGGAUCAAGUCGCUACAGGCCCUUCCGAUGCACAGCAUGAGAACUUGCCUAUGACUCCCAUAUCGGAGCAACCUCCUUCUUCUAUGCCUGCCGAAGCCAAUACAGGUGCUCCUGUCGCCGAAGAGAAUAAUGCCACGACGCCUCCAGAGGAUUGGGUAUCCCGUUUGCGAAAGUCCGUCUUUCCAGGGUCAUCGAGAACCAAGGUACAGCAGGGAUCCGCGGCUGCUUAAGAGCGGUUCGAGAAGAUAUCUUAAGCUCAUGUUAGAAAAUGCUUGGAGCGAUUCUGUUCCCCUGUCUCGUAGACGUUAAGUAAGAUUUGGUAGAUCGAAGGUUGGCCUAGUCCCCUCCUCUAAUGGAUAAGUAGUAGAACUAGUCCCUGUAGAUACAAAAAGUUUGUUCGAUUAUUUUAGAGAGACAUGGGCUUUGCGUUCUUUUCUUGUCGACAUCAACUUAGUGAUCAUAGAAAUUCGAAAAAGAGAGGAGACGAUUCAAAUCCAGAGAGGGUCAACCAAAUUCUCCUGUAUAUGACACAGUGACCCAAUCGAGCACCGACUGUUGGACGGGCACCCAAAGCUGCAGCUACAGCUGUAUCAAUACCCUCC